AUGCAUGUGGGCGCGAUUCGUGCUGAUCCGCGGAUCCGCAAUGGAAGCUUACCUAAGCAUUAUACUCGUUUUACUGUGCAUGACAGCGCGCCUGGUCAGGUGUAUGAUAUCUCAAUGACUUCUCUUAAAAGCCCAUAUUUUCGCCUUCAUGAUCUCACCGAUGGCCAUCAAGAUACCGUCAAUUGCAUGGCUUUCUCACCUUCGGGGAAUUACAUAGCCAGUGGUGGGGAUGAUGCGAAACUUGUUAUAUGGGAUGUAAUGAAAGGUAUUUCUUUGUGCCAAGUAACGAUGAACAGUCCAGUGCUCUCGUUAGCUUGGGAUCCCAGGAGGCGUGGUGCGCUCGUGUUUGGCUGUGAGGAUGGUGUAGCAGGUUUUAUAAAUGAUUUUAAGAGUAAGGCUGGCAGUCAAAAGAUCCUCUUUGGUACAGAGGCUCCGGUAUAUUGUCUCGCAUUCGAUGCUUCCCAUGGCACCCUCGCUGCCGGAGUAGGUCCUGAAGUGCAUAUUGCUCGAGAUAUAUCGCACGAAAGAUACGCUACUUACAAUCUUCUCCCAAAGCCGGGAAAAUUCAACGAAGAACGUAGUGACAACCGAAUCAGGCCACGGUCAUUGCAUUUUUUGAAAUAUGGAGCUCGACUCGUUGUAUCGUACUUAAAUCAUGGGGUGAUUUGCUGGGAUGUCGAUAGUCAUGCGCGCCUUUGGCAGAUUGAACCUGAACACGACCACGGUUACAUUGCACGAGUACCUCCCGUAAAUAGCGGUUUUUCAGCAUUGUCGCCCAACUGUCGGACUUUAUUGCUGUCAAAUCUUUCAGGAGCAAUCGAACUUUACCCUCUGGGACAAUCCAAGUUAAAGCAAUCUUUCAAAUAUGUUUCUGACGCUACUAGGAAUGUACCGCUUGAAGUUGCGUUUACCCACAAUGGUCAAGUCGUCCUAUCUGGUGCCCCCCGUGGAAACGUACCCCUUUGGGAAACUAAGACGGGAGACCUUAUUCAAACUCUCACUCAUGAAGAUGACUUGAUUCAGAUUAUUUGUGCUAAACAAUAUCGGACCACUGGUUACAUUGCUGCCGCUGCCGCUGAAAAAAGCGAGUCAACUUACAUCAGAAUAUGGAAAGCACAGCUCACUUCGGAUGCCCGGGAGUCAUUGCUUGAUUCAUUGACAAGCACAUGGAAAUUCUACAUCUAUGCCAAUGUCGAGGAAAAUGUUCGAGAGCUCCAGUUUUAUAUCUUGGGAGGUAUUGCUCUCAUCGUGGCCACGUAUGCGUUCUAUCGCGACAGCACCUCUAUGGAAGUGAAAUUACAACUGCUAGUAUGUAUGCCUCUACGCCUAUAUGCCACCCAUUAA